AUGGCUGCGCGCCAAUCGACACCCACGUCCGAUCACUCACAUUCGGACGGCAAUGUUCGUAAGCGGGUGUGCAAGGCCUGCGACCGCUGUCGGCUGAAGAAAUCCAAGUGUGAUGGAGCAAGCCCGUGCUCGCGCUGUCGAGCAGACAACGCCAUCUGCGUCUUCGGGGAACGCAAGAAGGCCCAUGAUAAAGUGUAUCCGAAGGGAUAUGUUGAGAUGCUGGAACAGCAACAAGCCUGGCUGGUCCACGGCCUACAGGAGCUCUACCGACAAUCCAUCGACGGGGAAGGCUGGACCGGCGACCGACUGAAGCCCGAGCCCAACGGCCACCCGCUCACACACGACCUGCUCACCCGCCUGGGCGCCCUCGAUCACAGUAAGGGCGAGCACUUCGAAGAAAACCCCGACACCAUGCAGCAGGACUUGUGGCGCUCCAACGCCGGCCAUAUGCAGCGCCAGGAGUCGUCCGACGGCAGCGCCGAUAGCCCGCAGUCCCCCACGUCUCGGUCUCGCUUUUCGUCCGACACCUUCAGUCAGCGCCAGAUGCCUCCCACGCCGCCGGCCUAUAGCCCGACGGCACGCGCACCCCAAAUCAAGGCAGAGCCUCAGAUGUCCGGCAGCUAUGCGCCGCAUCUGCCCAUGCACGGCGUGGUCAACCCGCUCGCUCUGCAGGGUGGGCCUCAACAGCAACAGCAGUGGUCCAGUAACCCCAGCUUUAAUCCUUUUGAUGAGAUGGACCUCAUGAACUCGGCUGACUAUGCCAACUUGUCGUUCGAUGACAACCAAAUGGCCUCACCCAUGUUCAACCGCCACAUGCCCAUGAACUGCAUGUCGUCAGGGUCCUUUGUCGACUCCAAGAACGACUACGAAGACUUCAACCAGUUCCUCAAUCCAAAUCCGACGGAGAUCACCUCCAUCUGA